UCUGGUCGUUCUUUUGGCUCCGCCCAGCGAGUGCCCAGGACAAGCAGCGCGUGAGCUGUGAAGUUAGAUUUGUUUGUGUUCACAGCGUUAAGCGCGUGGAGUGAACGGUGAGCAGGGGGCGAUGUUGCGCUGGUGGUUGCCAUGGUUACUGGGCCUCGCGCUGGUCCUGCCCGGGCUGACCCUCGAGAACAGCUGCUCUGAACACUGCAAGGCAUGUGGAGGACCUGAGAGAGACCAGUGUUUGCAGUGUCAGCCGGGGUUCAGCCUCCACGACAACAUGUGUGUGGAUAUUGAUGAGUGUGGUACUGAGCUGGAUACCUGCCCCUCAGACAUGUACUGCUUCAACACACACUCCUCAUACGAGUGUAGAAGUUGUGAUCGUGCCUGUGUGGGCUGUAUGGGUGGUGGUCCGGCUCGUUGUAAGAAGUGUGCCCCUGGUUACACAUGGUCAGGUGUGAAGUGUGUAGAUGUUGAUGAGUGCAGUGAGGAGGUGUUGGCCUGCUCUGAUAUAAACGCUCUCUGCGUGAAUACUGAAGGAUCGUUCCGCUGUGAAUGCGCUCCGGGCUUCACACACAGUGGUAGUGUGUGUGUGAGGAACCAGCCGGCAGAGGGUCAGGCGCGCGGUCUGCUGGAUGACCUCCAGGAUGAGGAGGUGGAGGUGCUGAAGCAGAUGUUCUUCGGCGUGGUGCUGUGUGCUCUGGCCACGCUGGCCGCUAAAGGGGACAUGGUCUUCACCUCCAUGUUCAUGGGGGCUGUGGCGGCCAUGGUGGGAUACUGGCUCUCAGACAAGAGUGACAACGUACUGGGCAGCUUUGUGAAAGGCCGGUGAAGUUAGACGGAUUGGACUGAAAGAACUUUGCGUUUUUCACAAACAGGAUUAUUUUUAAAGGGCCUCUGAGGUUCAGCAGUGGUUCUCAAGCUGUGGCACUCUCACAAAUGGCGGUUUGUGUAGCACCCCCAGGUGGAUAACCCUUGAGUAACCCUCGAAAUCGGAUGUAUGCUCUAAAAACUUGUACAAAAAACUUAACAUCUAUGUAAAUUCUUCUUUUCUGUGUUAAUAAAAUCAGUUUUU